GGCCGGACUUGCCUGAGGUCCCGCCACUUGCAUGAAUUUCCCGCCGUUUACAUGACUUUCCCGCCAUGACGAGCAUGGUGAACGGCGCCGGUGAAGAAGGGCGGGAAGGCCCACCAGCGCAGGGGUUGGCGACACGUGGACUCCCCGCAGGGCAAUCAUCUCAAGAGAAUCACCUCUCAACGACCGACCCGCCGCCACGCAAGCGCCCAGUUAUCCGUAUUCCCUCUCACACCGAAGUGCUGAAUGCUCAUUACCAGCCAAGCGUUCCGCCGGUUCUCUUCCGCCCCUCCUCCUCUCCUUCCGCUUGCGCGCCGGCCGCGCAAACAGCUGCAGGAGCGCUGCAACCUACAGUAGGGACAAACAGAGCACCCGCUGCGCUAUCUGGACAGCCGGGCUUUGGGAAUGCCGAUCCCGACCGAGAUCGUGGUUCUGGAUCUGCUCCUGGUCCAGAGCUGCGAGGAAGCUGGCCCUCGACGGCCACGACAGCCGCCAUAGCCAACUCCUCCUCCUCCUCCUCCUCCUCCUCUUUAUCUAAUUCCUUUGCAGAAGCCUUUUCCUUCCUCAAAUCCAGCGAAUUCUACUCCCAACCCCCUCUUCCUCCAUCAGCACCGUCUGCCGCCCAUCGUGCGACUGGGGAGCUGCCACGUGUCUCGCCUGCAAGUACACAGGCUUCCAUUCCCCGUCCGCCGGUUGUCUCAAGGAAUGUGCUCAUCGUCAACAAUCGGCAGAAAGGAAAUCCAGUCCUCAAGUACAUCCGGAAUAUACGCUGGGUGUUUGGAGACAUUGUUCCAGACUACCAGUUGGGAGAGUCAUCAUGUGCUCUCUUUAUCAGCUUGCGCUACCACCUGCUGCAUCCGGAGUACCUUUAUUAUCGAAUUCGCGAGCUCCAGAAAGGUUUUCGCCUCCGUGUUGUUCUCUGCUACGUGGAUGUUGACGACGUGAUCAAGCCGCUACAUGAAGUCACAAGGACAGCUCUUCUUCAUGACUGCACACUGCUGUGUGCGUGGAGUAAAGAGGAAUGUGCCCGAUACUUGGAGACCAUAAAGGCAUUUGAGCACAAGUCAGCGGACAGCAUACAGGAGCGGACCGACCAUGAUUACGUCUCAAGGCUCACAAGUGCUCUUACUCAAAUACGGCACGUGAACAAAACAGAUGUGGCAACACUCGGAGCCAAUUUUGGGACACUUUCAGCUAUCAUGGGGGCGUCCAAGGACGAGCUGGCGAAAUGUCCCGGCAUCGGAGAGCGUAAGGUGAAGCGUCUUUACGAUGCAUUCCACGAACCAUUCAAGAGAGCGCCAACGGCUGUUCGGCAAUCUCAAGCACCGCCAGAAACCGUCCCUCCGGCGGUUCCGGUGGCGACUGGUACUGCGAAGGGCUCUUUGGGUCCGGAGUCUACGUCGACCAGGGCUUAAUAAGAGGGCAGCUCCUGUCGAGCCGGGACAUAUUCAAGAAUCGGAGCUGACGUCAGCAAAGCCUGCAAGAAGUUGUGCAACGGAUAUGGAACACUCAGCGCCUGCCCCGUUGCGAGGUGAUGACGGCCAUGGCGACAGCAGCGGGGUCGUCGGUUUUGAAGCGGGUGCGCAACGGAAGACAUGUGAAGAACUGGCGAAGGGACCGUUCCCCGCGCAAGAAGAGCUGUCCCUAGGAACAAAGGGAGACCAGCAGAAAGCCACAGAGCCAGUGCUGGUCUAGAAACUGUUCCUAGGAACAAAGGGAGACCAGAUGAAACAGAGGAGAUGCUAGUACCGGUACCGAUGCUGGUACUGGUGCUGGAACUGGAACUGGAACUGGAACUGGAACUGGAACUGGUACUAGAACAGGUGCUAGUCUACUAGAACUGGAACUGGAACUGGUACUAGAACGGGAUUAUACUGUCAUCUGGAAUUUUAUAUUGGCAGUUCAGCUAGGGGUCCGAACUUUUGACUCCAAUUUCAUUAAUAUAUUUUUGACAAUUCUGUUGUCUCUCGAUGAUUAAUAUUCUUGCUGCAAUUUCUGACUCUUUUGCUCUGUCUUUUUUUUUUUCUUUUUUUCUUUUUUUUUUCGGGAAGCUGUGACAUCU